GGACGAGUAUCUCCUCUGCAAGCAAACUAAACACACCAAACCCUCACCAACAAACCAAAACAAGCAGCAGCGAGUCAGGAUUGGCAGACACUGGAGUGUCUCACAGCAGUGUGGCUCUCUCGCUGGUGGUCGCAUCGCAUUCCGCCAUCCGUCAAAUAGCAAAACUCCGGCUCCGUGGCUGUGACCGAGGGCAGCCCAGGGUUCCAGGGCAUACGUUAAUUGACUAUCGAUUUUUUUCGUCUCCCUCUAAAAGCAUAACCUCAUCGAAGAUGUAACAGAUAAUGGGGUAGCCCUCAAAACCCGCGAAUGUACCUGUGUGCACAUGUGUACCUAUGCGAGUCGGUCCGCGUCUGGUCUGGCGAGUGAUCCCCCUCCGAGUCUCGGAAACCCGAACCAUGUCAGUGUAACAAAGAAACGGAGUUGGUGACGGAGAAGCCUAGGUCACGAAGAGGUCUUAUUUAGGUUCCGUGGUCCGUUCCGGUUGUCGGUGCCAGUGCAGCAGGGCCGAAGUAUGUGCUGCACCUCGGUAUCGCUGGUAGUGCCAAUAGUGUGAGAAGGAAAAUGAAGCGCGUAGUUGUAAGAGGAGUAGCGUCGGCGAUUGUGGUGCUACUGCUGCUGUUCGUACGCGGGCCCGUGCUGGGCGCAAGGCCACUGCUGGCUGCCAACGCCGUCAGCCCCGAUGGCGCCUACCCGGGCAUGCAGCUGCUCAGCGAGUCCGUACACGACGAGCAGCCGGCCGCCAACGACCACAACCCGAUACUGGUCCUGACGAAGGAUACCGGUCAGGCGAACGCACCGCUUCCGCCCGACGAUCCGAACCCGCUCAGCCUGGAGCGGUUGCUGGUGCCGAGGGAAAGCUUGGGCGAUUACCUGGAGCGCGAUGGUAUGAGCACCGCCGAAGAAAAAGAAGAGGAGGAAGAGGAGGAAGAGGAUGCGAUGGAGGAGGAGGAGGAGGAGGAAGAGGAGGAGGCAGAGGCGGAGGAGGAAGCUGUCCGGGAGGAAGCACGGGAGGAGGAGGUUCGGGAGCAGGAUGGUUUGCCGACAUUCUACGUACGUCCAAACCACAGCUCCGGGACCAAGAUGGCGGGCCCGGGUGAAGAACUGCGACGCCAUUCGGCGAAUCCGUGCGGUUCCGGCAUCGUCGAGCAUUUGAAGUCAUCCGAGCACGUAGUACCGGUGCGCCGAAGCCCGGAAGAGGAGGACACAAACUUUUACAUCGACGUCACGCACGAUCUGCUGGAAACGCGUACCGGAAUUGUGCCGACAAUUGUUUACCGAGUGCAAGCAAGAAGGUCACCGGAUACACAAAUUAGAGAUUUUUACAUCGAAUCUCUAGUCGGUGAUCCGUACAGCUACGACGCAUCGACGGCACGUCCCAUUGGCCAGUUUACUACCCGCGGCAUGGAUAACCAGGGUAGUGGGUACAGGCAGACAGUGGGAGAUGUCGAUAGUAUACCCCGCAGUACCUGGAUCGAUGACAUGGAAAUGGACUGGCUUCAUCAUGCGUACGCGACACAGCAGCAGCAGCAACAACAGCACCACAAACAGCGCGUUAUAUUCGGGGAACCGUUUCCUUCCUAUUUCGAUGUGGACAGUGACCAUGACUCCACACGGUCCUAUGAUGACGACGAUGACGAGCGCACUCUGGACGAGAACUCACUCGAGUUCGAGGACGCUGCGAUGCGCCUCAAGCGGCCACUAAACGCAAGACGGACAGGUAAACGAUGCCCGCGCCACGUUUGGAAGCAUGACGGUAUGCUAGAGGAGCAGGCGACCAUCAACUGGUCCGUUCCGGGGACACAAGCGUAUGGAGCAGUUUUUAAUAGCUCCAGCAGCAGCAGCAGUAGUUCGAUUGGAGGUGUCGAGCAUCAGAGUAAAACUAUUUACUUUAGAAUAUUAUAUCGUACAAUGACUAGCUACGUGAUCUACGAAUUGAUCUACACAAUGGUGCUUUUACGAGAGUGUAGCUUAUAUCUCAGGCAACCGCAAGGCAGGAUCGCAUCGAAUAAUCUCCCGUCGGGGUAUCAGGACUGUACCCUAACCUUUCCAUCACGUCCAACCGCCCAACCAGACGAACUACCCGGUUUACUAGUUCAGCUGACGCGACUCAAUACACCGUGCCGGGGUGGAGGCUUUCUUCGGUUUAUGCCCGACCCAGGCCAACAACAGGAGGCGGGCGGUGACACUGGCGAUACUGCCGGUGGGAACACUCACUUCAACAGUCACGACGACGAGCAAUCGAGAGCUCGUGGUGGUCAUCAAACCAUAUCACUCUGCGGCAAACUGGAGGAGCUGCCUGCAUCGGAGCGGGCGUUUCACUUUCAAUCACAUCACAACACCACCCUGUGGCUGCACAACUCACCACUGUUUAGCUUGCAAUAUAGACUGGUCGAUUACUGCUACAACAUGACGCUGCGGGAACAGAACGGGACGGUUCAGUUGCGGCCCGGCGAUGCAUCGCUCGACUGCUACUUUCGCAUCCAUCUACCGUACGGCUAUAGGAUAGCGUUACAGCUGUGGACGAAUGAAUGGCGACAGCAGGGUAGCCGCCCAAGUAACGACACUACUGUGACGCCCGAUGUGCGGCACGUACCGAUAGAGCUGGAUACGUUCGUGCUGGACACUGGCAAUCAACAGUUUCUAGCACCGAUCCGUUGCUCCUCCGCAAACGGUAUGCUGGUGGAGGUGUUUGAAGAUGCGGAACAUCGGUGGGCGGCGUGUAUUAACGGCAGUAUGGAGUCGACCCGCUACACCUUAACGUCCAGUGGUAACAGUAUAGUGGUGAAGGUUAGCAAACUGCACCAACCACUGAUCGAUGAUAGUCGCGACUCGAUUGAUCCACUGAUGGCAUCAUCUGCAUCAUCGGCAUCGUUGCCCGCAGCCACUGGAUUGCGUGAGAACGGCACGACGACACUGCUGUUCGAGUACAGGGCGAACCCGAUUGAAUCCAUUACUUCACGUUGUGCCUUUGGUUGGAUAGCAACCACUCAGUUCUGCAUUUCAUCCAUCGAGCGGCGGCUGUCGUGGCAGGAGGCGGAGGCCGAAUGUAACCGGCUCGGUGGCCAUCUAAUGUCAAUACGCUCGAGCGAGGACCAGCAACUAACCGAUCAACUGCUCUUCAACAGUCCGGCUUACAAAGAUGACAAUGCGUACUGGAUUGGUGCGUCCGAUCUUAUCGUGGAGGGUGACUUUAGGUGGAACGACAAGUACGCCUUCACCUACUCAAAUUGGUUUCCCGGCUGGGCGCACCAGGAAAACUACAACCGGCAACCGAAUGAUGAUGGGCUAAGUGGGCAGGACUGUGUCGAAAUUCGUCGCCACUUUCAGAUCGUGUCCGGCAGUGGGCAAACCGCACCGACCGUGAGUCCGCUAACACUGUCGUACAUGUGGAACGAUCGAAACUGUGAUGCCCGCAACUACUUCCUGUGCGAGCGAAUGAUGGAUGAAGAGCUUCCUGAGCGACUUUGGAACGAGUCGGAAUGCAACGUAACCGUCACACUCAGCGCGGAACGAUCGAAGGCAACGAUCUGGAGUCCGGGUUUUCCCCAGCAAUAUCCCGACAGUGUCGACUGCUACACGCUGAUACAGGCUCCUCCCGGCUAUCGUGUGGUGCUGGACUUUGAGGAGAUGGUACUGGAGAACGAACCACUCUGCUCCUACGAUUAUCUGCAGCUGGUCGAACCGGACGUGACCGGUCCGUACGAACCAUCCAAGUCGGCGAAAGACUUUUCCAGCACGGUCCUGUUCCGGUUUCGCAACUCACGCCACAGCAGCCGCUACAAUGUACAGCAUCGGCGAAAAAGCACCAAAGCUGGCACGAGUUCGCCACGGACUGGUGCCGGUGACGUUACCGGCGAUACAGACAACCGAAGCAAUAUCAACUUCAACGUACCAAGCAUCGUGCUGCAGCCGAGCGAUGCACGGUACACGAGCAGUCUACCACUGCCGGAGCUUAGCCUGGGCAGUGUGCCGCGAAAAAUCUGUGGCGAUUGGAGCUCGAAGCUGAAGCUGCUGCGCUACGUAACGACGGGCCCAUCGCUUGGCUUGCGCUUUGUGUCGGACUAUUCGAACAACUUCGGAGGCUACAAGGCACGGAUCUCGAUGGAAAAUGUGACGUCCGAAUGUCACGAUGAACGGUUCAAGGCGUACAACAACUCCUGCUACCUGAUCAUCUCGUACCCGGACGUGGACUGGACGACGGCACAGCAGAUAUGCCGUGGUAUUGGGGCACAGCUCGCUUCCAUUUCAACAACGGACGAGCAGAGGUUCAUCACGUCAAACAUUCGCAACAGUAUCGACUACACGCCAAGAUCGCUGUACUGGGUUGGUGGCGAAAUCACCGUCAACGGUAAUCUGGAAUGGGUAGAUGGAGUAAAGCUGUUGUUUGAGGGCUGGUUACCCGGUCAGCGUCCAGAAAAAUCCGAAACGACUAAAGUACCUGCCUGCCUGGGUCUGCAAUGGAAGGUAUCACCAACGCCAAUGAUAUCCUCCGGCCUACACUGGACGGCACAAAAAUGUUCCAUGAUCGGUGGUUACGUCUGCAAGAAGGCUCGGCCACGGCUGGACGAAACGAUGGUGAAAAACCAAACACUUUCCGGUACGGAGGGUCACCUACUAUCGCCAGGCUAUCCGAAUCCAUACCCUGCUCAAACCGACUUCUGGAUAAGGAUCGUGGCACCCGAGCAUCGUCGCAUCAUCAUUCAGUUUCAGAAACUCGAUCUCGAACAUCAGGACGAGUGUCUGUACGAUUACAUCAGCAUACAAAACUAUCCAAUAUUCCCCAACGCUCGGGGUGGAUAUGCGGGACCUGGUGGAGAGAGUGGUAUUGCCUCACCGUUGACAGACUACUUCCACGGCAAUGGAAGUGGGGCCAAGUUUCGGGCGGAGCACGCUGAGCUGAACGAACACAGCUUACCACCGAGUGGAGGAGGCUCAAAUGCUGGAGAUGGGAAGAAGAAGUUCGCUUACCCGGACAACUAUUCCAGCAGAGACAACCACACCGAAGCCGGUGCUAGGUUUCAGCGACGGAUCCGGUACAUUAGUAGCAGUACGGGACCGGAAUACGCUACCGGUGAUCAGGACAAUACGGCGGAGGGCGAGGCAGCUAGCUUACAGUCAACCGCACUGCUCAACGAUCCUCUGCUACAGUUCAACGAGCUUACACCAUCCUUUCUGCCCUACGUUCGUUGGUGUGGUACGCACGACAGCAACAUGGCACGGUUUAACUUUAUCUCCACCGGGAACGAAGCAAUCGUGCGCUUCCAUUCGGACUUUUCCAUCAGCGGGACGGGCUUUUCGGCAACGUGGAGCACCGUCGAUAUGACGGGAUGUCCGCUGCAGACUAUUACCUCGAAGGAAGGUUCAAUCCGGAGUCCGAAUUAUCCGUACUUCAUGCUGAACAAUAUUGACUGCACGUACGUGAUACAGGCACCGUUCGGGAGGCGUGUGUGGUUGGAGUUUUUGCUGACCGAUUUGACGCAAGAUGCAACGCUGCUGGUGGACAUUGCGGACGGUCCGUUCGAACCGUUCGCGGACGUAACGCACGUCAAUGACGGUGUGUUCGUGAGCAAGGGCGAGCGGUUGGUGGUGCGGUUAAAGACGGGCGCAUCGCCCAGAGGGAACGGGUUCCAUGCGAUCUUCAAGACAUUGGCCCACGUGAACGAGCAGCGUUUCAUAACGCUUUCGAACAAGACGACCGGCAUGCUGUAUUCGCUCAACUAUCCAGAAGCGAUGCCGUACGAUGUCGACUACACCCAGCAUCUGAUCGCUCCGCUCGGUGAGGUUAUCCUGCUGGAGCUGUACGGCGUCGGAUUUAGUCAGCAUGGCUGCCACCAAACCGGUUUCAUUGAGAUCUACGAUAACUACACGGACAGCAACGGUACGCUGUGGCACCUGUGCGAACAUCAUCCAACAUCCGGCAAACCACCGACAACCGUCGAGUCCGAAACCAUCAAGGGCACUAACGGUCCGGCUGAGCAUCACUAUUCACCAGCACACGGUGCAGCCAAACUACGACAGCCACCUCUCAACACACUCAAUAAACCGGCUCCGAUCUACAUUACGUCGUAUCUGAACACAAUACACAUACGGCAGCGCAACGCUAACGGUACAGGGAUACGGUUGAACGCUACCGUGCGUCUGCAGGAGGAUGCUGGCUACAAGAUGAAGCUUAUCUCCAAUACAGACGAGUGGGUCGAAAGCUGCAAACCGAACCCAUGCCAGUACGGUGGUAAGUGUAUUAGUGCCGGACACAAACGAGGCAUCUGCCAGUGUUACGGCCAUUUUACCGGCCGCUUCUGUGGGCUAAACAUCUGCGAGCUGGAACCCUGCUUCUUUGGCAAAUGUGAGCUUACGCCCACCAGCUUCAAGUGCAACUGUCAGCCAGGAUUUGUCGGUGUGCGGUGCGACCAGCGGCAGAAACCUUGUGCCGACAAUCCGUGCGAAAGCCGGGGCGAGUGUUUCGAGAAGAAUGGUGGCUUCUUCUGCCGGUGUCACGCCUGGUGGGAAGGGCCACGGUGCGAGAAGCGCAUGAUGCACAUACCGUACAAACCGCUCUCGGAGCGGAUGCUGCAGGAACCGUUCUGGCUCGGGCUGAUCACCGUGUUCGUGGUGCUGGCCGUGAUCGGGCUGGUUUGGUGUGCCAAACGUCACUUCCCGGAGAAGAUCGAAAAGCUGCUGGCGGACGAUACACAGCUGAAUCGAAGUAACGAUCGACACUUCAAAAGCACAUUCCCGCCUCACCAUCUGAACACGGCACUGCGCGAGCAGCUGCAGGCGACGGCCGGUACCGUAUCCUCGUCGACCGCCACUACCCCCGCCUCGCAUCGGACGAUCUUUGGACGAUUGGGUAUUAGAAAACCAUCCAUAUUGAGUCUCAGCAGCCCACAGCAAGUUGGAGGGGCUACCGCUAGAACAUUUUCUUUAGAUGAUCUUUUACGGCCCCCUCCUCGACGCACACCAUCGCCCCGGAAAAAGCGAAACAAUUCCACACCGACCAAGAAGAACGUGAACGAAAAGAAACAGAUCCUGCAGCAGUUGGUAUCACCCGCGCAAAAUGCCGCCACUAAACAGCAGGUAAGCUUGGGCGAGCUAAUACAGCUGUCGGAGACACGGCUAAAGGCGAACUAUGCCGAGUCGGAAACCGGCCUGAAGGAGACCACGUUUUCGGAGAACUCGCUCUCGGUAACGUCGAUGGUGCGGCAAAUAUCGGACCCGAAGCUCGAGAAGAAGGUCACCUUUGCCCGGCUGCUCAGUAAGGUGUCGGCGGAGAUGAGCUCCGGCUCGGAGGACCUAGCGAAUGGAACGAAGCAUUCUAGUGCCCUUAGUCUUCCGAAUGAGGUACCGCCACGGGCCAAUUCCGUACCGCCGUCGCCGUGCACAAACGAAAUCCGGUCGCCCCACAGUACCUCCUCGAACCAGGGCAGUGAUUCGCUGUCGAGCUCCGAGCUUGCGCUGCACGAUUUUGGGUUGCGCAGCAGCAACCGCCGGACCCGGCCGAAGGUCUCUAGUGCCGACUCGAUUUUGGCGAUGUUCAAAAACUUUGCCGCGUCGAGCAGCGCGCUCAACACGCUACCGUCGUCCAUCAUCAUCUCGCCGUCAUCGACACCGACCGCCUCCAGUCCGCAGGAUGAUGUGCCGGGCGAUGACGAUUCGUCCACGUCCUCGAACCACACGCCGGUCAGCUACUCGAGCGGUGGCACGUCGGACUCGCCCGUAUUCUACCGGCAGAGUACGAUCGAGGUCCCGGUGCUGGAUGCGCUCAGUGCGCACAAAUCGUCCACCAACACGACGACCAGCAGCAGCUGCUCGUCCGCCAGCUCGGCCCAGCUGCAUCCGCCCACGAUACUGCUCGAGAUACCGAGCAACGGCAUCAACAACAAGUGUCUGUCGCCGAUCCGCGAAAUGCCAACGCCGAUACCAUCACCGGCCCUGACACCGAUCAUGCCACGGCCCCAGCGCAUGCGCACCCCACAGUCGAUCCACGACGAGUCGAUGUCGGUGACGUUCAACAGUGGCUACGAAGAUUACCACAAGCCCCAUCAGCUAUCAAUUGAAAUACGGCCACCGGAUGAGCCGGACCGUGGCGAGUACUCGUCGUCCUCGCCAAGCGACACUACGGUCGAUGGUCCCGCCGGUCUUGGUCUGCCGAUGAUAUCGAUCGACAUUCAUCCGCCGACGCCCGAACGCAAAAGCCCCGAGCGGCCGCGCGAUUUGAUCAUUCCAGCGCUAGUGAUACAGCAACCGAGCCCGACGAAAGAACGCACGACUGUGGUGGUAAUACCUGGGUCACCACCACCGCAGCGCGCUAACCAGUCGUUCGACGCUAGCAUACUGUCCAACGCCGGUAGCAAACAAUCGCAACAGAAGAGAUUUCUCAAGCAGUGGGAAAAACCAACCUCACUCGACCUCCCGUUUGAUCCACCAAUGAUAACGAUCACCUGCAACAGCAGUGAGGUGGUGUCGGACGCGGAUGUACCGUCACCGGCACAUCCGAUGGGUUCGAAAGGUUCGAAAGCGAACGGUGCCGGAGGACUCGGCCCGCCCGGUGGUAUGUGCUACCUGAGCCCGUUCUCGAUGUGUAUCCGUGGUGAUCGUGCCCCGUCCGAAAGCAAUCUCAGCUCGUCCGGCUACUCUAGCAUGGCGAGCCCCGGUCCCAGUCGUUGCGGCUCGAACAAUCCACUGUUUCCGAACGAAUCAGACGAGCCUGGAUCGGGUCCAGCCGGCCCAGGUGGUUAUGCCGGCUUUCACUCAUUAAUCAACAAUCGACGACAAUCAUCUAGUGUAAGGAAAAAAUCGGCCGAUACCGGUAGCGGUACCGGGGUGGGUAACGCAAACACCGGCCAAACCACCGCCGGCAUUGGACAGCACCAGGGCUCCACGUUUCGGCUGCGCUCCGACUCGGAAACACUGUCCGACGAGCCGCUGCUGGAGUCGAACGACGAGGGCAUCGGUACCGACCAUCUGGACGAGAAAAUUGAGGAGGGCGAAAUACGUAGCGCCAAGGAGCUGGAGCUAUAUCUCGGCAAGGAGCUAAUACAGACCGGGCACGAUAUCCUUAGCCAAGAGAGCUUGUCGAUGUCGCAGCUGCAGCUACCGGCAAUAGUGAUCCAGUCGGACGCGGCCGGGUACGAUAAGCCGUCGCCCGUUUCGUCCCGCUCGGACAGUCCCCUGAGCGAACGUAACGCCAGCAUGGAACGCUUUUCGCCCAUGUUCUACGGCAAGAAGGAUCAGCAUCUGCCCUUCACGGACUCGGACGGCCUGUACGACUUUCCGUCGUCCGAUGGGAAGGGUGGCACCGGCAGUACCGUCGCCACCCCGCAUCGCAAAUGCGUCGGGCGCAGAAAGGAUCGGCGUGUGGCACGGUCCGGUCUCGCGGUACAGUCACCGUCCAAGUCUACCUCCGUGCUGUUGGAGAUACCCGGCAGCAAGGAAAACGUUGCCCAGUACAGCCAACACACCGGUAAGGUUGCCGGCGCCGCGCCAACGACACGCAAAAGCCCGAAGAGACGCGUGCACCGUCAGCCGUUGGCAAGCAGCUCCUCGUCUACGGAGUCGCUGACGUCCAUGCGGGAGUAUGCAAUACGAUCGUGCAAAGAUCAGGCUGCCGGUGGUACGGCACCGGUCACCACCGUAAACGAUACGGUGGAACGUUGCGACAGCAAAGGCGAGGAGAACGCCAGCAACCAGACGGUACCGAAACCGACGCCACCGGAAGAUGUACGCAAGCCGCCGUACAAAAUACGACGGCUGAAGGCGAUCGGAAAUCAAAUAAGAUUUUUGCGUCGACUGGAGCGAUCGAUACACCGCAAAGAGCAACCGGCUCAACCAUCGGACGAAGAUCUGAACGAAGGCGGAAGUAUGAAGGAUUCGCCCAAGAUGUCAUCGCCGCUGAUCCGGUUCAAGCAGUCACAAAUCGACGAAGAGGACGAAUCGGAGGAGGACGAUAGUAAAACCAAAUACUAUUCCAACGCACUGAACAAGCAGCAGCAGCAACUGCAGCAGCAACAGCAACUCUUGUUACCGUCGGAAUCGAAUGCAGUGAACGCAAAUACCCGUCCGCACUGCAAAAUAUUGCGACAGCGGCGUGUUCCUAGCCAUGACUGCUACGCCCCAAAGCCAUGGUCCGAAGCGGAAUGUAAGCUGCUCGGGAGUGAAGUCAACAGUGACUGAGGCGAAUUAGCUAGACCUACCAUAGUCGUAUUAGAAAGCGGACGAGACACAUAGGGACGAUACAACUGAAUGGGAGACGAGUGAAGCGCUUUCGCAUUAGCCAUCGAUAACAGUUGCCCAGUGUAUUGCUCUCUUUGACGAUGAGUGUUGGGCGCCUGAAGGUAUGCAAUCAAUCAAUCUCCCAGGAAAGCUUAUACGGAGCGGGCUAUUAGUGGACAGACUCUAGCCAAAAUGUGUCCGAUCGACAUAACCAAACCAAAAAAUAAAUAAAUAAAUAAACAGGUUUGCCAGCGUGGCAGAUGUAUCAGAAACCCAUCGGAAACCCAAGCGGGAAGUGCCGCCGAGUGAACUAAUACACUUUUUUGCGCUAUUUGGCAUAACAUAAUACAGCAAUAUAGGAAUAGUUACGACAAACAAAAAAACACAAAUAUAUACAAAAGCAGGAAACUCAUGGCAAAACCAAACACAUUUACAGCUACAUAUAUAUAUAUAUAAAUAUAUCCCACACUCUAACUCGUGUGUUGUCGACAUUUUGGAUACGUAAUAGCGUUUUCGUACUUAACACUUAACACAGCCAAGCAUACAAACACUACAAAAACCUGACACAUUAGUCCGCGCUGCUACAUUAACGAGUUUUUGCAAAUAUUUAUAUGUGUUCAGUUUGAUCUAAACGGUUUUAGCGUGUUGCAUAUCGCAGUUGUUGUGAAUAUGUAUCAUAUACUAAUAUUUAAAAAAAACGGAAUAUGUGAGCUAAAGGAAUACCAGUAGAGUAUAAAGUUACGAAAAAAAACCCAGAAAAAACGAAACAGCAAGAGCAAUAGAGCACUUUAGCACACACUCACACACAUAUAUAGACAUUUUUCUAAAGACAACUUUCCGAGCGAUUCGGCAAAUAGUGGUUGUAACCAGUUAGUACGUACCACGUAUAGAUGUACCGCACACUAGGGCGCACGGGCCUUUCUCUCAAUCACUCACAGAAAAAACUCACUCACACGCUCACUGAAACACACGUCCACUCGUAGGUGCUUCUUCUUCUUCCCUUGGCACUACAACCUCGAAAGGUCUCGGCCUGCCAUUUCUGGCUUUCUGUGACUUGAUUUUACCCGUAGCAAAGUAGUCAAGCCGUACAUACGAGGGGGCGAUCUGGAUGGUAUUUGAACCCUGGUCUUGCCGUGUGAAGAUAGGCACCGCAGUCGCCUUGGCCACCGGACCGCCAGACUCGUAGGUUCAUUUGCAUUGAAAUAGCACACACAUACAUUUGGGGCAGCUCGCUAGCAGAUGUGACAGCGACGCCGACUUCACACGGCAGGACCGGGGUCCAAAUCCCAUCCGGACCGUUCCCCCGUAGUGAGGAUCUAACUAACUAUGCAGUAUCAGUAAGUCUAAUAAGCCAGAAAUGGGAGGCAUGACCUUAAGAGGCCAUCAUGCCAGGAAAGAAGAAAAAGAGACACAUACUCACACACACUCACAAAAACUUAGUAAAAGCUAAAAAGUUGUCAAAAAAGAGAACAAAACAUUAUACUUAUACUAAAUACAUCACCCGAACAGAGACUGAUUUUCUAGCAUAAGAAAAACCAAGCAAAAAAAGAAGAAGACGAAGAGAAACGAAUGAGAUAGGAAGCAAGAAGCAUCUGAAGGGAUAUCUCCUCACAGCGAUACUGUUCAGUUGAGAUUUUUUGUUUUUCAUCAUGUUUCAAUGUAAGUGUUGUAAUUCUCGAUAUUGAAUAUCACGAUUAGAUGUGAUUGUUUUUUCGCUACUUCUUUCGAUGCACUUAGGUUUUGAGGCGCCAAAAACGAACAAAGGGAAUACGAAAAUGGCGAAUACAGAAAACAAAAUGGCGAUAUUUAUAUGUGUGUGUGUGUUUCCUGGUAUUACUGCAAAUCGCUGCACUACGAUAAGAUAAGGUCGGGAUGGGCAAUAAUAUGUAUAGUAGUAGAUGGUAGAACUGUAGAAUCAAGCGACGAUCAUGUACUUCACACCUUUACGGGCACGCACAUAAACUCACAGACACACACACACACACGUUUUAUGUCGUUUGUAGUAUCUGUCACAACGUGACAGGUGUACGAGUUUAUAUGUGUGUGUGUUUUUUUCUCCCCUCCCCCAUAAUUAAAGUCAUUCACGCACAUGCUCAUGUUAAGCCUGCCCCGAGAGGAUGGCUAAAAGUAGUCUGGGAUAUUUGACAACCAUUGAAUUCUUUUUGAGCGCGAGAAGAAAAAGGUCUUUUUGAGCUGUCAAAAGUCUCAGGCUACUAGGAGCUGUCGUUUCGGGGCGGCUUUACAGUCAUCUACUUAGGCUGGAGUUACUACCUAGUAGUAUGUUACUAGUGGUACAAACUUUGUAAGUUGGAACUUGACGGAUGGGGUCGUGCAAAACAAACUGUCAUCCAACCGAUUAGCCGUAUAGGACUAAGUAGUAUCGCCAGCCUUAUAUUGGUGAUACAGCUCCAUCGUAAGAUACAUCCUGUCAAAAUAUUAUAUGGGAUUUGACAGAUGACAUCGUUGGCCAGUUGAGAUAAAGCCCAAGUGGAAAUAUUAUAGGUGGCCCCUUAUGAAGUUCGGCGCGCUCUAAUUGAACUAGGCUCAAAGGAGCUAGUAAUCAGCUUCUGGGGAGCUUACCUUUUAGGCCCCUUGAAUGCUCGGAGCUUCAAGGUUGUACAAUACCAUCUGUUCAGUCCGAUACUAUAUUUUAACAGGACAGGUAUCGUACGAUGGAUCUAUGUCACCAGCCAUUAUGCCCAGCCAGAGGAAUGAACGGUUGGAACGUGAACCACCCUUGGCAAACGAUACUAUUUUAAAUACACUUUUUACGCUGUAUAAUAGUUUAAAACAGAAAACUUAAAUGCAAUAGACGAUGUGGUGGCCACUGGCGGUAGUCCAGCCAGUCUUUAAAUGUGAGGUUCUAAUUUAAAACCAGCUGUCCAAUGAGUUCAUCAUGACUUACAGUGUCGUUUCCGAGCUAAUAAAAGCAAGUGUCCACAUGUUUAAAACAAUGCUGUGCUUUGAAGCUGUUGUUGCAGUAGCGUGGACUGUUGUUAUAAACAUGUGGACACUUGCUACAACUAGAAAUCACUGUAAAACACCCAGUCACAAAUUACUUGAUCGCGCGGCUGUGCGUGUGUGUGUGUGUUCGUUAUUUUUUUUCCGGUACAUAAAUUGCAAAAACUAAUAACAAACCCUAAAUCAUACAAAUAAUAUUAGCUUUAAGUCUAUUUGGGGAAAAAUUAAAAGGAUACGGGUUCUCAGCGAUCUACAAAUCCCAAUUCAAGAUUUGCCUUCCACACACACACAUACACAUUUUCACAUCAGCAUACCAACAAAAUCACCAACGUGUCACAUACACUACGAACGCAUGCACACAAACACUUACACAAAACUGUGUACGUUUUGUGUUUUUAAAAACAACAAAACCAAACUAACGACUACGUCCUAAGCUUUCGAUACUAUAAGUAGCAUAAACUAUUGUUCCGUUAACUGUUGAUUGUUUUGACCGAAUUUUUGUAAGCCUACAUUUAGAAACUAUACGGAGUAAAACAAACAAACUUAGCUACAGCACUACGUCUACCGAGAUUUAACUAGGACCAAACAAUGAUGUAUAAUCAUUACCUAAACAGCCCAAAUGUAUUACAAAAAAAAAUAAACAAAAAGAUGCCUUCUGUGAUAAGAUUUGAAGCCCGUGGUAAGCGAGAAGCAAAAUGAUGGGUAGAGGUGUUUAAACAAAAAAAAAAAAAACACACAUACAAGCAAAUCCAAACCAAAAAUUCGCUGAUAUGUGUUUUUGUUUUCCAAUAUCUUCUACUCCUUUUGUUACUUGGGAAUUACUAGCAGGUUCCAGGCCAAUCCCACUGUUACCGGCCUGUAAGUGCUUGUUUGUGUUCGAACACGCAAAGCAACUGGUGUGUGUAUGUUGUUAAGCUACUCGCGUACGUCUCUAUCUCGCUCGUUUCGAGCUGCAAUAGCCCAGGGCUCGUCCUGGGACUGUCCGGGCAUCACCACGUGGCACGAGUCAGUAAUGGCGUUGAAGAUUUGUAUUUUCCCCGUGAUCGUAGUGUAGCGAGUAACGUCCUGGCGUUAAGGUGUGUUAGAUAAGCAAGAUAUUGAGGUGGGAGGGGGGGGGGGGGGAAAGGGACCUUAGAUAGCACUAUUUUUGCACGUAAACAUCUCUAACUGUUCAUUUUCAACCAACUAAUAGCAAUAAACCAAAAGCAACAUUAACUAGUAAAAACGAACAAAAAAAACAAGAUGGUGGCCGGAAGGUAUCGCGAACCACGAUACUUACAAAUUACUUUACAAGCAAUGUAUUUCUUAAUGCUGGUAUAGAUGUUUUAAAGGGUUAAUUACAAAUCAAUCUAGGUUAAGUGAGCAUAAGGGAGGUGAGAAAAGGGGAAAAUAGACCGACAACGCAGACAGAGAGAGUAUAGCAAAGUACAGUUGAGAACGUCGAGAAGAAAAAAAAAACACGGAAAGCAUAACGGAGGAAAGAUACGAAUGUUAAAUAGCAGCAAUAGGUGGCAAAGUAAGUAAGUAAGAAGAAGAAAAGGAAAGGAAAAAAAAUGAAGAAGAAGAAGAAGAAGAAACCAGAAGAAAAAAAAGGCAAACAAUAAAAACAUUAACUGUUAUUAAGGGAAAUGAAAAAGGGGAAAAAGAAAACUAAUUACAAUUCCACCGCAAAACUAAUUACGUUUAAGGCUAAUUGUUUAACUAUUUAAAAGAUUACCAAUAUGUGCACUUUUCUAAGUAAGUUCGUGGCAACAACAAAAACAAAAAAACAAAAUCGAGAGCAAAACCGGUAAGCAAAAAAAAACAAAGGGAGGCAAAGAACCUAAACGGCAGACAAUGGAAAAUGACAAAAAAAAAAUCAUGAGCAAAAACUAAAGCUGUUAAUUAAAUGACCAUGUAUAUGUUCUUAGAAAUCUAUCGAUAAUAAAAAC